AGUUCAGUGUACCAAGCUAAGUUCGUGUGUGGUAGGAGUUACAGAAAAUGGCCAUUUGUUCUUGGUCUCAUCGCUCCAUCAUCAGCAGCUGUAGUCGAGACCGAACGGCUUGGUUUUAGGAAAGUUCCGUCAAAAUCCCGAGUGUGCCGUGCUUGAAAGCGUCCUAGGAGCCGUUCGGAACCUGGUGCCCGGGUUUCGGAGGGCCGCAAUCGGUAAGAAUGCCAGAGCCCGGCGACCAGCUAGUAGCACAACAUCAACACCGAUCGGAAUGCUCGGUAGCUCAGUAAGGCAUUGCGUGUGUUCGUCUUAAAAAAAAAGAAAGCAAGAGAAAAGUGUAAGAGAGUGUGCUUAUAUGUGUGCGUGCACGUGUGGUUGUGCCCAAUGUUUAAUGUGUGCGGUAAACGUAAAAUCCCUUACCAGAUUUCGCUUACAGCGAGUAGCUCGACAGAGAUAAAGCGAUGAGCUGAAGGUGUUGAAGGAAAACAUCGGUGUGUCCAAGUAGAGCAAGGUGGAAAUGAAACCGUAUUAAGCAAAAGCAACCACAUCGUGAGGUGUAACUGGAGUUAGGUGAGGACGGUGGCGAGAUCCUCUCCGCUCAAAAGGACAACGCAAUUGUGGAAGGACAGAAGUAGUAAGCAAGCGGUAGCUAGAAAACAAAAGUCAUAGGAAAAUGAGUGUGUUUAGUGAUUUCCAGCGCAUGUGGGUGCAGCGGUUCCCGCAGAGCUCGUUAUCCGAUGCUUGGGAGCAGGAUGUGCGCGCCAGCCUCCAGCGACACAAGCAGAAAAUCGCCGAGCUGUCGAAGGAGCUUGAGCAGGAGACGCUGUACGUCGAGUAUCUGGAGCGUUUGCUCGGUGACGUCGAGAAGUAUCGAGAGGCCGGUGGCGACCCUUCCACGCUGUUUGAGGCCAACUCACCUGCUUCGGCCGCUAACCUGCUCGCUGGAGCAGGCUCUCAACAGCGUGACCUGAGUGUGCCUGGUGGUUUAGCCCAGGAGGACGAAGCAACGAAUCAAAUUAUCAAGGCUGCUGCUAGCAAUAAUUCUGGUGCCGGUGUAGUUGCCCAGCCAGAUGAAUACGACCCGGGCACUGGCUCCGGUACUGGGACCGGUGAACAGUCCGUGCAGCUGCGAACAAGGGAACAUCAAACCAAUCGAACGAACAGCCCAUUAAAUCAGUGCAUCAAUGAACUAACAUCGAACCUGCACAGCCGCCGCUGUGUAAGCGAGCUAGUUGCAGCCAGCAACGCCACUCCUAUCAACUCCACCGAACCGACCCUUCAGUCAACCGGCUCGCCAUCAACUCCCAGCGGUACUCAACCAACACCCAACGUUUUGCCAAACGACGUGCCGUCUGAUCACGAUACGGCCGUGGUCUCAACACCGGAUGUCCACGGUUCCGCUAGAACUCGCAGUGCCAGUCAAAGCGAGGCCCAACCACUGCUGGCUUCGCCAAGUCACUUCGUUACCGUGAUCGAGGUGAAGGAGACGCACAGUGGCGGUUCCGGUGGUGCCGGUGCUGGAACAACCGACUCCUCACCCGUCGAGGGAGCUGGCCGUGGGUCGGAACCGGCUGCACCGGUGGCACCGAAGAUGGCCAACUACGAGAACGUGCGCAUCAACACCGGCGCACGGUUCGGAGGGAGUAUGGAGAACUUGGUGACCGGUGAGUCGCCUCAGAGUGGUGGAGGUGUCACUGGCGGAGCCAGCACCUUCCUGGACACGAAGCACUCUAAACCGCCGGAUCGUACCAGCGGCAGCGAUGGAGGUGUUGGUUCGGCCAGCUUCACCGGUGGAGGUUCCAUUUCCGAACGCACCUCGCAGCUGAUGGGGACUUCCUCGACGGCCGCCGACUUCAAGAAGAAAGUGCCACCACGCCCGCCCCCUAAAUAUGUACGCCGUGCGGCCCCAGUCGAACCACCAACGGUUCCAGCGAUGGUCAUGCAAAACCUGCGUAGUAAAGACUCUAUAGGAGGCGCAUCGGGAAGCCAACAGCAUUCCACACAUGACACGGGCACACCCGAUAGCCCAGUCGCGAGCGCUACUAUUGGGGACGCUAGCAGUUCGCUUGAGCGAAAUGUCAAACCUUCCGAAAUGUACCGUCAGAAAUCGUCCGAUUCGCUAGAUGUCAAGCUGUCGAUGGGCACAGCGGCCGCGUAUGCGCACGAGCUCGGCAAACCACGGCUCCCAAAGUCGGACAGUCUUAAAUCGAAAUCAUCUAGCACGGACAGCCCUACCGGAUCACUCGGGAAGGUCGGUAACAACACAGCUGGGAUCGGUGGGUCGCCUACGGGUAGUCUCGGGAAACUGCCGAUAAACAUGACCGGCAGCAGCAGUGACAGUCCCACCGGAAGUUUGGGAAAGAUGAAUCAACAGCACCAAUCGCACCAGUUCGGACAGCCGCACCAUCAACGUUACCCCGCGGACAGUUUACCUCACGUGGACUCCAAGGAGUCACUGGCUUCGACUGGUGGAGGCGGAGGUAGUGGCGGAACGGGCACGAUCGGCAGUACAGGAGCCGUUGGUCAUAUCUCAGAACGGAUCAAGAGUUACGAAUCGAUUUCUUCGCUUAGUUCUGACAGUAUGCGCGUUGGAGUAGGUGGUAGUAGUGGCCAGCAGCACCUGAAGGACCAAGAGCACUACUACGAUACUGUGCCGCUUGAUAACGGUGAUGGCGAUUACGUGUACAUCCAGCCAGGCGGCGUCGGUAGUGGAUCAACCUCCAGCCGGGAUGACAUUUCCACUGUUGAAAAUGCAAGUACGCUCUUGUUACCCUCACACCCGCGCAGCCACAACAGUAGUCAAACCAGCGUCCAGCUGGAACCUGAAUCUCCCGGACGUAGCAGUAACUAUGUCAAUAUUGAGUACUUCAUUCACUCCAGUCAAAAUAAUGAAAAUCGAAGCAGUUCGAUUGAUAGUGAUGGUGAAGGAGACGGCGGUGUACCGGUUUUGAUGCGUGCGAUCUCCGCCGAUACGGAUGGCGGCGGUGGUGACGUGGGAGUUUCACCCAGUAUCGGUGGACCCAGCGGGCUAUUCCGGAAGAUAUCGAAUGCCAACCGCAACACUAUUAUCCGGCAUAUCGUUACCAGCAUCAUCACGAGCGAGACGCUGUACGUGGAGUGUCUUAACAAGAUGAAGCAAUACAUGAAAGCGAUCCGGGCAACAUUAACGACUUCGCAACCUGUGAUAUCGGAAGAAGAGUUCCAGACAAUUUUCUUCAAGAUCGAGGACCUGCACGAAGUGCACAGCGAGUUCUUGAUAGAGUUACAAGCCCGGUUGGCCACACCGGAUGAUCCAUCGUCUUCGGACGGCUUGUGCGUCGGGGAACCGUUCCGUCGUCUUGCCGCAAAAAUUCACCUAUACGGUGCUUUCCUGCACAAUUAUGGACGCGCCAUCGACACGGUUAAGAUGUGCAGCACGCACAGCCAGCAAUUCAAGGAAAUUGUGUCAAACAUUGUGUUCAAGAACCAAAACGAGCAGAAGCUGUCACUCGAAGAGUUAUUGCAUAAACCGGUCGCACGAGUACAAAAGAACGCCCUUGUUCUGGAGGACUUGCUGAAUCAAACUCCGGAGCAACACACGGAUUACCAUCCACUUCGGCAGGCCUCCAAGGCUAUACGAAACUUCCUCUCCGAAUUCAAUGUCGUGCAAACACGGUCCAUGUUCCCGAGCGAAGAUAAAGCGCUUCGACGGUUGGUGAAGAACUCGUUCAUCGUCGAACUAGCUGAUGGGCACCGAAAGCUUCGGCAUUUGUUGCUCUUCAACGAUGUGAUCGCAUGCGCCAAGUACAAGGCCGUGGGGCGCGCCGGCGAUCGAAACGGGUUCGAAUUUGAGCUAAAAUGGUUCAUUCCUCUGCGGGACAUUCUGAUCUGCGAGGAGUCGGCAAACGAUCCGAAGGAAACGAGCCCAAUCAACAUUGUGCACCUGAAAUCUCAAGCGUGCACCGUACGUGAUCAGAUAAUGUUGGAUGAGAAGGAUCGUCCGGGUGGCGGGUCUAGUCGCGCUGGUGACAAACAUCGCAAGAAGCUGGCUGAUCUCGAGGCUCAGCUGGUUCUCGCUUCGCCCAAUCUAGUGUUUAAAAUCAGUAACAAGGCGACAGGGAAAACGAUGACAUUUUUCCUUAGUUCCGAUUUCGAACGAACACAAUGGAUCGAGUCUAUUCUGUCGUUGCAGCAAUCAUGCAAUCUACCCGGACACAUACCGGUACAAAUCUAUGAUCUGCAUGCGUGGAUCACGGCAUGCCAAGCGUUAAUUAAAACUGAAAUGGGCUCCUAUCUUAUGCGUAAUGCUAGAGAUGAGAGCUUGCUUGUUGGUGACCUUCACCUCACCAUUCAAGAGUUGACCGGAUUCGACCAACCUUGCGACCUGUUCGUGUGUGUGGAAAUCGAUUCGUAUGGACAUUACUUCCGGAAAGCGAAGACGAAACUCGUCUGUCGCAGCGCAACCCCUCAGUGGAAUGAAUCGUUCGUGUUAGAACUCGAAGGCAGCCAAAACCUACGCAUCCUGCUCUAUCAGGAUGAUGUUCAGCGUCCGAUUUUACGGGCAAAGCAUAUCCUAAAACUGAGUCGUAGCUGGAUGCAGGAGACACCCACCCGAAGAGUGUUGCAGCUGUCGGAAACGCUCAGCAUCAGCACGGUGAUACGUUUCGUGCCGGGGGAGGUAACUUUACGCCGAGUGCCGACCUCAAAGCCCGGUGCCCUUUUUGGUGCCAAAUUGCAGCAGGUGAUAAAGCGUGAAAAGCGUGACAUUCCAUUUAUAGUGAGCGCAUGCGUUCGAGAGGUCGAACGGCGCGGUAUGACCGAGGUCGGCAUCUACCGUGUAUCCGGCUCGGCAUCUGAUGUGGCAAAAUUGAAAAAGUCAUUCGAAACAAACGCGUAUGAGGCAGAGCAGUUGCUAAAGGAGGUCGACAUCCAUUCGGUCACCGGUAUCCUAAAGUCGUACUUGCGCGAUCUACCUGAGGCCCUCUUCACCGAUCAGUAUUAUCCGAAAUUCUUCGACGUGUUCAACCGCCAUUCGAAUUUAAGCGAGAACACACGCAUCCACGAGCUGCAGCGCAUUUUUAACGAGCUGCCUCAACCGAACAAGGCCACCAUCAACCUGCUGCUAGAUCAUCUAAUGCGGGUGCACCAACAGGAGAUAGAAAACAAAAUGUCCCUACACAAUCUGGCAAUGGUUUUUGGGCCUACAUUGUUGCGGCCCGGCCCUAGCGCUACCAAGCAGAAGGAUCUGCUCGAAUCGAGCACGGCUGAUGUGAUGACGCAGGCCGGUAUUCUGUAUAGCUUCCUACAGGCACGACUGAAAUAG